AUGGAAUACCAGCCGGUGGUCGUCCAGCGUGCGGCGCGGCCUGCACCCGGGAAGCACAGCGCCGAAUCCCGACACUGGAGGUCGUUCAAGCACCCGGUGUUCGUCAAGCAGUAUGCGCCGGUGACGAGCAUCCACUUUGCGCCCUCCAAGCCGUACAACUACGCGGUGACGGCGGCCAGCAGAGUGCAGAUAUACGCCCCGCGCACCAACGCGCUCACAAAGACCAUCUCGCGCUUCAAGGACACGGCCCGGUCCGCGAACAUCCGCGGCGACGGCCGGCUGCUCGUCGCCGGUGACGACUCUGGCCUCGUCCAGAUCUUCGACCUCAACUCGCGCGCCAUCCUCCGCACUCUCGACGGCCACAAACAGCCCGUGCACGUCGCCCGCUUCUCCGCACUCGACCCUACCAACGUCCUCACGUGCUCCGACGACGCCACCGUCCGCAUCUGGGACGUACCCAGCCAGACCGCGACCUCGCUCUUCACCGAGCACACAGACUACGUCCGCUCCGGCACUUUCCUCCCCACAGACUCGCGCCUCGUCCUGUCCGGCUCCUACGACGGCACUCUCCGUCUCUUUGACUCACGCACUGGCGCGGCUGAAAUGACCAUGCGUCCGCCACGCGCAAUGCGGGUCACUCCUGUCGAAUCAGUCCUCGCUUUCCCCGCCGGUACCGCCGCACUCUCUUCCGCCGGAAACAUCCUUCGACUCUGGGACCUCACAGCCGGCGGUCGUUGCCUUCGUGCUCUCUCAAAUCACCAAAAGACGGUGACCUCGCUCGCGCAGGAUGCCUCCGCAACUCGCAUCCUCUCCGCCGGCCUCGACCACAUGGUCAAGGUCUACGACGUCGCAACAUUCGACGUCGUACACACCAUGCGCUAUCCUGCACCCAUUCUCUCUCUCGCACUCAGUCCAGACGGUACACAUAUUGCUGCCGGCAUGAGCGACGGCACGCUUUCUGUUCGUCGUCGCUCGCCCAAAGCGCACGAGGCGGAACGUGAAGCUGCUCAGCCAUUCAGUCCCGCGGCGCUUCGUGCAGGCGCGUACGAGUCUGUGCUUGGGACGGAUGUUUCGCAUAUAGGCGAGAUGCACAUCAACGGCAAAGUAACGAGCAAGCCUGUCGGCGACGCGCACGAGUUUCGCGUCGAGAGCAAACGGAGGCGCAGGUUGAAGGAGUAUGACCGUCACCUCAAGGGCUUCAAGUACUCAGCUGCGCUGGACUCUGUACUUCAAAAGAAGGUCCCCCCAACGACGACCUUCGCUCUUAUCCAGGAGCUCAUCCACCGCGACGGUCUUCGCACCGCACUCGCAUCGAGAGAUGACGUUCUUCUAGAGCCCGUCCUUCGCCUGCUCCUCAAACAUGUCACAGACCCUCGGUUCGGUGAUAUGGUGUGCGAUGUCGCCGUCGUCGUACUCGAUAUGUAUGCCCCGGUCCUGGGACAGUCUCCGCUCAUCGAUACCCUCUUCGUUCGCUUACGAAAGAAGGUUGAUGCUGAACUUACAUUCCAGAAGGAAUUGGCCGCAGUCCGAGGGGCUCUGGAUAUGGUGUUUGCUGCUAGUGCGCUCACAUCGGUCACUCCUGCGAGCGUGGCUCAAGUUACGUAA